CCCUCCUACCCCGCUGCUUUCCGCCUCUUUUCCUCCGUCGAAGCCGUCCAACCAGGGUCGGACCUCACCCUCGUCCGAUUCCCCCCUCCUUCUCUCCCUCGCUUUCUCCCCCUUCGUUCGCCUCUCUCUCUCUCUCUCUUUCUCGCUCGCUCGCUGUUGAUAGCCGAGAAGAAGAAGGAGAAGGGCAACAGAGCUAGCUGAGAAGAAAAAAAGAAGGAGAAGAAGGAGAAGAGCUAGGUUAGUCUUUUUCCUGCUAUCCCUCGUCAAAGAGGAACCAUAGCUCGAAGUUAGGCUGUUUUCAUCUGAAUCUCUGUAGCCAUUAUAGAUUUCUACUGCUCUUUGAUCGUGAAAGCGAGUUUGGUUUUUCAAAAGAUCGUUUUUUGGAGGUGUUUGGAUCAAGAAAGUUGGUUGGAAUGGGAUAGAAAUUGUCGGAAUUGACAGGGCAACAGGGUGCUUUGCUGGAAGGUGCCUGAAAGCGAAUUUGAUCUUUAAAAGAUCUUCUUUUUUUUUUGGUGGGGGGGUGGUUUGGAAUCAGGAAAGUUGCUUGCAGUGGGUGAAAAAUGUCGGAACUGGUAGAGCAGCCGGUUUCUUCUGUUGGGAAUUCCUCUGACGAGAGCUGGGUCCCGAAGAUCGAUAUGGUGUUCGAGAGUGAUGAGAAGGCCUAUCGGUUCUACUGUCUUUAUGGGAAGGAAGUGGGGUUUGGGGUCAGGAAGCAUUUGGUGAAACGAAGGUCCUCCGGGCUUGUGUACUCGAGGGUGUUCUCCUGCUACAAAGAAGGGUUCUCCCGAACUGCCAAGCAGGGGAAGAGGCCACGGCCGGAUGCAAGAACUGGAUGUCAAGCACACAUGACAGUGAGAAUCAUGAAUGAUGGUAGAUUUCGGGUCAGUGAAUUCGAGCCGAAGCAUAACCAUGAGCUCGCAGUGAAUGUUCUAACUGCUAUGCCUGAUGUGGCGGUUGAUUCAGGAACAGUGCCAAACGAUGCCCAUAAAAAUGUUGGUAAACAGGUUAUAGUUCGGCCAAGUCUUAGGAAUUAUAUACCAUCGAAGUCUUUGAAUGCUACGAAGCUGGGUGGUAUGGGAGCUGUGAUGAGAUAUGUGCAGCAGGGUAUACCGGAGAGUCGAGCUGAUAGCCCUUCUUUCUGUCAUCCCAUGGGUGGUGCAGCUGUGAACGAGAGUUGGGUGCCAAAAAUCGGUAUGGAGUUUGAGGAUGAUGAGGCGGCCUACCAGUUCUACAUCAACUAUGCUACAGGAAUUGGAUUCAGUGUUCGGAAACAUCUUGUGAAACGAAGAGCCUCAGGCGUUAUAUAUUCGAGGAUGUAUGUUUGCCAUAAGGAGGGUUUUCGUAGAAAGCAUAAUGAGCAGCAUGGGAGAUGUCCCAAGCCAUAUGAGAGAACCGGUUGCCUUGCAUCAAUGACAAUCAAGAUUACAAAGAAUGGUCGAUAUUGUGUGACUGAGUUUGAGCCAAAGCAUAACCAUGCCCUUGUAAUCCCGUCAAAAGCUCACUUGUUUAGGUGGCGAUGGCGAAGAGGGUUGAUUGCCACUCAGGUUGAUCUAAUCGAUUUGGCAGAAGAGUUGAAGGCAGCACCAGAGCCUAGUAAAGAACAGAUGGAUGAACAAGACAAAAGUUGUCAAAUUCCCGCUUUUCUUUCUUCAGGUUAUAAAAAUUAUAUACCAUCAAAGCGAAUGAAUGCUAUGAAGCUGGGAGAUGCAGGAGCUGUGAUGCAAUAUGUACAUGAAAAACAGGUUGCAGACCCGUCCUUCUACUAUGCAUUGCAGCUGGAUCUUGAUGACCGAGUAACAAACAUUUUCUGGGCAGAUGCCAAGUCUAUGGUGGACUUUGAACACUUUGGUGAUGCACUAUGCUUUGACACGACAUAUAAAACAAGCAACUAUGGCAGGCCAUUCUCCCAAUUCAUAGGUGUGAAUCAUCAUAAACAAGCCAUUAUCUUUGGUGCAGCUUUUCUGUAUGACGAAACUGAAGAAUCUUUCAAGUGGUUGUUUGAAACAUUCAAGACAGCAAUGUCUGGAAAGCAACCGAAGGUAAUUCUGACAGAUCGAUCUGUGGCAAUGAGCAAUGCAAUAGCUGCAGCGUGGCCAGGUACAACUCAUCGCCUUUGUGUGUGGCACAUGUAUAAUAAUGCUACAAAACACCUAAAUUUUGUCUUUCAAGGUUCUGUAACUUUCACAAGAGAUUUCAGCAAAUGUCUUUAUGACUAUGAGGAUGAAGAGGAGUUCCUAUUGGGAUGGAAAACAAUGUUAGAAAAUUAUGAUCUCCAUAGCAAUGCGUGGUUAGCUCAGCUAUAUGAAGAUAGGGAAAAAUGGGCUCUGGCAUAUGGACGACAGAUAUUUUGUGCAGACAUGAAGACAGCACUAAUUAAAGAGAGCAUGAACAAUAUGCUGAAAGAACUCUUGGACGCUGAACGAGAUCUCUCAGACUUCUUCAGGCAUUAUGAUGAAAUGGUUUUUGAGAGACGACAAGCAGAAUUGCAAGCUGAUAUUCAUGCACAUCAAAAUAUUCAAAUGAUGCUAUCUUCACGGAUGUUGAGGCAGGCUGCAAAUGCAUACACACCGGAAGUAUUUAAAAUAUUCCAAAGGGAAUUCGAACUGUCCAUGGACUGUCUGGUGUAUGGUUGUGGUCAGGUUGGAACUACAUUUGAGUUUAAGGUUACUGUUGAGGAUAACCCAAAACGAUAUACUGUAAGAUAUGACUCAUCAAAUGGUAUGGUUAUGUGCAGCUGUAAGAAAUUUGAGUUUGUUGGGAUUCAGUGUCGUCAUGUACUGAAAACACUAGAUAUUAUAAACAUUAAAGAGCUCCCGCCAGGAUACAUAUUGAAGAGGUGGAGAAAAGAUGCCAAGGUUGUGAACCGAAGAGCUAAUCAUGAAGUUGCAGUUGAUGGUGGCACCAAGUCAACUCGUGCAAAGCGUUAUAGCUCUUUGUGUUGCAUUUUCAAUAAGAUUGCGGUAAGAGCUGCAGAAACUGUGGAGUCAUACACAUUUAUUGAGAGCUUGUCAGACCAGCUUAUGGACCAAGUAUACAAAAUACUGCAAACAAAACCACCUCAAGGACUUGAAGCUGGUUAGGAUUAGCUGGUUCAAAUCAAGUUUGCUGCCACCUGCUGGCAGCGCUCUGUAGCUGCAUGACCACAGCAGUAAGAGGACCAAAAUAUAAGAUUCCCACAUGAGUUUUUCCAUAAUGUACGUCAGUAAUUCUGAUCCUACUCCAGUACUGGUACUGGAUAAUUGGUGAAGUGUCAUUAAACCACUUGCAGUUAAUUCUAGCAUAGCCAGAUUAGUUUGAAGCCCAAGAAAAUAUGAUGAUUAGAAUUUAGAGGUGCCUUUUACUUUUCUGACAGGUUUCAUUUCUCCUGUAUAUACGGUGGAACCAAAACCAACUAUCAUCAUGUUUACCGAAAUCUUGUCAUUGAAGUAAUGUCAUUUAUGAGGAAGUUAUCACACAGCAGCAAUUUACACAGCCUAACACUAAGAAGAUGGCCAGCAUGUUGAUGAGCAUCUAUUGUACAUGCUGAUCAGCUGAUGUGAUUUGGGGCGAGUUUGUGAUGCCUGUGUUAUGGAGGCUGUCCUUGCUACAUGUGCCCUUUUUUACUUCUUCAUCACUCUUAAUUCUUGCAUGUGUAUGAGAUAGGGUCAGAUUUUGUUGCAAAGUUUGAGAAUUGCUGAUGUUGGAAGUCUCAUCCUGUAUAGUUUUGAGAUAGCUGGAUUUAUCAGUUUGGAAUUAUAGUUGCGAUGUA